AGAAGAAAGCUUUUGAAGAUCAAACAUGUCGUUGGAUGAGAUAAACAAGAACGAGGUUGACAUUGUCAUUGGAGCUCUCAACGCUGACCUCAUACCCUUCUUGAACACCUGGAGACCCUUUUUCUCCGGAUUCCAUCUCAUCAUCGUCAAAGAUCCUGACCUCAAAGAAGAACUCAACAUCCCACAGGGCUUCGAUGUCGACAUCUACUCAAAGACCGACAUUGAAAAAGUCGUUGGCGCAUCCAACUCCACCAUGUUCUCAGGCUAUUCCUGCAGAUACUUCGGCUACCUCGUGUCCAAAAAGAAGUACAUUGUCUCCAUCGAUGAUGACUGUGUCCCUGCUAAAGACCCCAAAGGUUUCCUAGUGGAUGCUGUCUCUCAGCACGUGAGCAAUCUUGAAAACCCUGCCACGCCUCUCUUCUUCAAUACUCUCUACGAUCCUUACCGCGAGGGAGCUGACUUUGUGCGUGGAUACCCUUUUAGUCUUAGAAGUGGUGUCCCUUGUGCUGCCUCUUGUGGACUCUGGCUUAACUUAGCUGAUCUUGAUGCUCCAACACAAGCUCUCAAGACAGAGCAGAGGAACACUUCUUACGUUGAUGCGGUUAUGACUGUCCCUUUGAAGGCUAUGCUGCCUGUAAGUGGGAUUAACAUUGCGUUUAACCGUGAGUUGAUUGGUCCAGCUUUGGUGCCUGCGCUUAGAAUCGCUGGUGAAGGGAGAGUGAGAUGGGAGACACUUGAAGAUGUUUGGUGUGGGAUGUGUUUGAAACAUAUCUCUGAUCAUUUGGGGUAUGGUGUGAAGACAGGACUGCCUUAUGUGUGGAGGAACGAGAGAGGAGAUGCGGUGGAGAGUUUGAGGAAGAAGUGGGAAGGGAUGAAGCUGAUGGAGAAGAGUGUUCCUUUCUUUGACUCCUUGAAGUUGCCUGAGAGUGCAGUUACUGUUGCAGAUUGUGUGGUUGAGCUUGCUAAAGCGGUGAAAGAGCAGUUGGGUUCGGAUGAUCCUGCUUUCACUCAAGCAGCUGAUGCUAUGGUUAAGUGGGUCCAGCUCUGGAGUUCGGUUAAUUCAAGCGGUUAA